UGGUGACUGAGACUAACAUCUUUUGUGUUCAGCAGAAAAAAGGUGUGGCCAAACUAUUCAUUCGCAACAAAUAUUACUUUUGUACUUUCAGAGUAAAACAGAAUAUUUGACAAGAAAAAAAAUUAGUGUGGGACUUCAUCACAAGAUGCACAUUCUAAUCACAAAGUGAAUUCAGCAACUGUAGGUCGAAAUUUUUGCUGAUAAAAUUCGUCUCUGCUUACCAGAAAAUGAACCACUGCCCCCCAGUGGCCGAAAUUGGAAGUGUUAUGGUCACAUGUGAGCUCCAGUUUCUAUAGAAGAGUAUACAGGGUAGCUGCAGGCAGAGCUCCAAAAAGGUGCGGGAGCUCCAAACCGCCAGCAAAGAUAUAGGAAGUCCCUAACAUAACACUUUCCCUAACCAUAAUCAACCCCUUUUUGAAGUAACUCCACCCUCUUUGGAGAUUCCGCCCACAUCUCCAGCCUGCAGCUAUACCUAAUUUUUUCUAGGUUAAAUGUCCACAGAGUGGCACCAAAAGAGAGUUGUAUUUUUAAUUGUAAAUAAUGUAAUUCAGUUAACAGGAAUGCAUAUUUUAACCCUAACCCAAACCCCAACCCUAAACCUAAUCGUCAGUGGAGUAAAAUGUUUAUUUUAGAGCAAAAAUGCAACCUCAGAAUCAAGCUCAUUAUUGUUUACGUUAAUGCUUAUGUUCUGGUUCCCACGGGAACAGAACUCGCGUCUCUGAGGUUUUUCACACAACACACUAUCAUUAUCGCUAGAGAGAAAUGUAUUCACACUUGAACUGAUGCAAAAAUGUUUAACGUGGGAUCCAGCUUGUCAGUAAUUCAAGCGAAUGGGGUUGAUUCCAGGGUAUGUGAACAGGUCUAUUUCCCAUGUGAUCAUGUUGGUUUACCCACUGACACAUCUUACCCCACUCUCCUACAUAACAGGAUGACAUAUGAGAGAAUAUUAGCCGAUUCCCCCAGAAAUUUAAAUCAGUUCACCUGCUUGUUGCUCCUGAGGGAUGACGUAUAUUGGAGUGUGUCUGUGUGAGCAGGAUUAGGCCUUAGAUAACAGGAUUAGAAUGUUCCACAUGCUACAGGGAAUCCUUAAAUAACUUGCGGGUGUGUCAGCGCUGAUUGCGUUGGGUUUGUGUGGUUUGAUAUUUCAACUGUCUCUCAUCCUUUAUGAGCUGAAAGAAGGUACCUGUUUGGAUGGACUGAAUACUACCUUCCUCAGAGUCUUGAGUACUACUGCUGUGACAUACUUAUCUUGUAUUUGUUGGCUACUUGUUAUCUGGAUGACAUGGCUGAUGUCUUGAGGAGUCUUAACCUGCUGGAAACAUUGAAGGAAUCCAUUGAGAAGAACAACAUUUCAGAUAUAAGAGAUGCCCUGGAGGACAUGUUGAUCAGCAGGAUCAACAUUGCAGUCGCAGGGGAAAGAAGUGUCGAGAAAGCCACUUUCAUCAACUCGCUUCGAGGACUCAGCCAAGAAGACGAGGGAGCAGCUCGUUUUCCGUCCUCAGUGGCCUCCGAGGAAUUAGCUGUGUUCCCAAAUCUCAAGCAUCCUGAUUUUCGUCUCUGGGACCUGCCAUCUUUUCCUAGUGAUCCCUCUUUUGAGGCGGAAGAUUAUAUAGAGCGCUUCAAAGUUUUGAGGUACAAUGCCAUUAUUAUUACCUUCUCAGAGAAUCCCAGUGCUAACAGUGUGGCAGUGUGGAGGGAAGCUCGGUCGUUACAAAAAGAGACAGUUUACUUCGUCUUACUGGCAUCUGUGAAGGAUACAGAGAAAACAUUGGAGGUGAAGAAGGCGGCAAGCCUAGAAGUGCUCAAGUCUGAAGGGGUUCCUCUACCUAAGGUGUUCCUGGUACAACCCUCUGCUUUGGAGAAGUUGAACUUCCUCAAGUUUCUAGAAGUGAUGCGGGGUGACCUUCCAGAAAUCAGGGCCCAUGCUCUUCUUCUGGCACUGCCCACCUUCUCCAAAUCCUUAGUGACCCAAAAGAAAGAUGCCUUCAAGGCACUGGUGUGGGCAGCGGCCUCUUUAUCUGGUGGGGUUUCAGCCAUUCCUGUUCCCCUGGUGGCCUCCAUGGUGGACGCUACAGUGGCUGUACGGAUAUUGACGAAGGCUCAGAUUUCACUUUGCCUGGAUGAUGAAUCUCUGCAGCGACUGGCACAGCAGCGGGGUCUUGAUCCAACCAACCUGAAGGCUCUGAGGACCUGUGCUCUAUCUGUGGAGAUCAGCAAGAGUGAAGUUAAACGACGGCUUGCAGAAGCUGAGAAGGAAACUAGUAGCGCAACGACCAGACUUGUGGAGCUGGCCAUGCCAAGACAUGCCAGGUCCGUUAGCCGAUCUUUCACCAUUAUGCUGCAGGCUCUCAACAAUGCUAUUGAUGACAUGGGGGCUGAUGCUGAGAAGGUGGUUGCUGUGGUAACAGGAGAGGAACAGUAGAAUGUACUGGGACCGUGUCAGUAACAGGGGUGUAAAAAGUACAACCUGAAAUUAUACUUGUUAAAGUAUGGAUACCAGUGAAAAUUUUACUCUAUUAAAUCUAGCCAAAAAAUGUACUUGAGUAAAACUAAAAAUAGUAUUUAUAUUAUAUUUAACUUAAGUUUUUUAAAAGUACAAAGUAACUUUUUUUCUAGCUAGAAUGAAAUCAAGAGAGAGAAGAUAAAGGAGUUUGUGAUGAGUACGUUGUGGCAAGUAAAUAACAUUUAAAUGAAAUUGUGCAAAAGCACAAUUCAAUUGGUAAGACAAAAGAAAAUGAACAGCAAAAAUUUAACAAGUACUUUUUCUAUAAGCCUAAAAAACAGUAAAAAUAACUUUCUUUUAGUAUUACCUUAAACACCAGUGAGCAAUAUAUGUAAACAAACAGUAAAUAACAUGGAAAUGCAUAAAGGUGGACAAUGGUAAAGUUUUCAUUUUUAAAAGGUGAACUACCAUAAAUCCAAAUUGGUUUGUCAUGUAUCUGCAUAGUCUAAAUAAAAGGAUUAUUUUAUAUAUAUAUAUAUAUAAACCAAUUUCUCUCUCCUCACAUACAGAACCUUCUUACUCCAUACACAAGAAUUGAAAACUUUAAUAAUGACUGAACAGCCUACAAGGCAGCUCGAAAGUUCAGGUUGCAAAAACCAAAUGUAAACACACCAAUUACGAAAAAAAUUAUGUAAUAUGAAAUGUUAAAACUUUUUUUAAUAUAAAGUACUGUUUUCCAUUAAACUGAGCAUUGAAAUGGUGCUUUAUGGAACGUGCUAUGUGGGCAACUCGUACACUGUUAGGAAUAGUAUACUACCACAUUGAUUUGACUGUAUCUGCAGUAUGUACACUUAACUAUCUGAAAAUAUUCUGUGUGCAAAGCCAAUCUACCCGCUAAAAUGUGCAGUAUACAACAGAGUACACUGCACUUGGUGUAUCCCACAACUCAAUGUGCUUGACCUUCCAUUUCAAGUGUAAUGAAUGAUCAUUAAGUAAUAAAAGCAGUGAUUACCAACA